AGGGCUCAGCAAGGGCCGUGCGCACCCCCAGCGUCCUCCUUCUGGACCCACCCAAUCGUCCUCAGCGCUCAUUCUCCUUCCGGUACUGCGCCAGGGCAAGUUCCGUUGUCUUCAUUUUAGCUCGCAUUUGGCUAACUGGUUGGAACCCAUCGCUGCUCUUUGGCGGUCUCUGCCCUUUGGAGCGUUUGUGAGCUGUACAAUUCGGGUCCCGCCAUGUCUGAGGAAAGCAAGUGCUGUGGUGAGCGCGCAGACAAGCCCGAAAUCAACCAGGAGGACGGUGCUGGGGACACAAACAAGGAUGCAGAAGAGAGUAAAGAUCUCAUUUCCACAAUGCAAAGUUCACCAGAUAAAGCUAGGACUCCACAAGACUCUGUGGAUCCACCAUCUCCUGAUUCGGAUAGUUCACAAAAAGAACCUACAAGUGCAACACUUAAAGACAAAGUAAAGAAGACAAGAAUUUCAUCUAAUUCUUGCAGUGUGAUAAAACGUCUUAAAGUAGAGAAGAAAGAAAAUGAUCAGAAUUUUUCAGAGAAACCGGCAUCUUCAACAGUAGAAAACAGCUUGGAAUCUCAAAGUUCUAAACACAAAGGCAGUGAAUCUGAAGAAAAUGCACAAUUGAAAAAUACAGUCAAGAAUGUCAGUGCAUGUAAAUCUGAGCCCGUUAAUUCUGUGAUUGAGAAACCUAAACAAGGAUUAAAUGAAGAAAAAGCACUAUUGGUGAAGCAGGUUCGUGACAAAGAAGAGCUGCUUCGGAGGCUAAAACUAGUCAAAAUGUAUAGAUCAAAGAAUAACCUGUCUCAGUUAGAGAUAUUAAUAUCAAAGUGGAGAAACUGUAGCCAGCUGUUGCUUUAUGAGCUGCAGUCACUCAUGUCGGAAGAGAAGAAAAUAACCCUUACUCAAUUGAUAGACCUCUAUGGGUUGGAUGAUACACUGCUGCAUUUUAAUAGAAGUGAAGAAGAAUUUGCAGGCAAUAGAGCAGAGACCCUGCGCCUAUUGGAAGGAAAAGUAGGCACAGAUCUCUACCAUAUCGGCUUAGGAACUGAAUACCUUGGCAAGACUCACAGAGUAAAAGAAAUAAGAUCAAAAAUCAAUAAAUGGGAUGGACUCAAACUUUAAAAAGCUUCUUCACAGCAAAGGAAACAAUGUGAAGAGAGAGCCUACAGAAUGGGAAAAAUUUAUCACAUUCAACUCAGAGCAUUAAUCUCCAGGAUACAUAAAGAACUCAAAAAAUUUAACACCAAAAAAACCCAAAUAACCCUAUCAAUAAAUGGGCUAAGGAACUGAACAGACACUUCACAGAAGAAGAAAUACAGUCAAUCAACAAAUAUAUGGAAAAAAUAUUCUAACAUCCUAGCAAUUAGAGAAAAGCAAAACUACACUGAGAUUACAUCUCUUCCAGUAAGAAUGGCAAUCAUCAAGAAUAUAAGCAACAAUAAAUGUUGUCUAGGUACACUCAAAUAUUGCUGGUGGGACUGCAAAUGGGUGCAACUACUAUAGAAAGCAGUAUGGCCAUAUCUCAGAAAACUUGGAAUGGAACCACCGUUUGACCCAGUUACCCCACUCCUAGGUUUAUACCCAAAAGACUUAAAAUCAGCAGCCUACUACAGCGACACAGCCACAUCAGUGUUUGUAGCAGCUAAACUAUGGAAUCAACCUUUCAACAGAUAAAGAAAUUGGUAUAUAUACACAAUGGAAUAUUCCUUAGUCUUAAAGAAGAAUGAAAUUAUGGCAUUUGCCAAUAAAUGGAUGCAACUGGAGAAUAUUCUGCCAAGUAAAAUAAGCCGAUCCCAAAGAACCAAAGGCUGAUACUAAUUCACAACAAGGGGGUGGUGGGGGAGAAUAGUGGUAUUCAGGAGUGAAGGGAGGGGAGGGGGCGUGGGGUUGGAAUGAUAGUAGAAAGAAUCUGACAUUAUUACCCUAUGUGCAUAAAUGAUUUACGUGACUUGUGUAACUAUCAUGUAUAACCAGACAAAUGAGAAGUUAUACUCAUAUAUGUAUGAUGUGCUAAAAUGCAUUCUCAUGUAUUCUCAUGUAUAAGUAAUUAGAGUAAAUUUACAAAAUGUGCUCUUUAGUAUAGAAAUUUUCAACCCAAUGCUAGGAUUGAAAGGGAUUCAGAGGGAUGGAUUUGCACAGAUGUGAACAGCCAGUAGGCAUUUUCCCCAUGGGCACUGCCACCUGAGACAGCUCAAGACUGGAUAGGUAAACCUGAAUGAGAGGUUUGCAUUACAGGAGGAGUUCAUGGAACACUUUUUCAAUCUCGCGCUGCACAUGUUCAUCAUCCUCAACUCUCUUCUGGAGGAAAGCCAUCAUUUCAACUAAGCCAGCUGCCUUCUGCUUCACCUGAAGAAACCCAACAGCAGAAACUUUGAAUUCAGAAAACAUACAUCUUUAAUUUUGUUUUAAAAAACCACCAAAUCUUAAGCCCAUCUUUCUAAGAUUAAAAAAAAUUAAAAUUCCUGCCAUUAUGUAAUAAAAGGUGUGUAAAACUUGGCGGGGCACAUUCCAUGAAAAUUUUAAAGUGUAUAUAAUUGGCUUCUUGCUGAAAAUCAAGUAUGCAAGCAACUAGAAUUUUCUUAUAUCUUUUUGACAUUUGUUCCCUUAGGUAAAAUUGUCAGAUCAUAGAUACUUCAACAAAAAUAAGCCAGCCUGAUUAUGUGGCACUAAGGUAGGAAUCUGGGGAGGGGAGGAGGAAGCCCCUUGAGCAUCAGCAAGAGAAAGGAUUCUUUCCCCGGAUUCAUACUCUCAAAAUUUCUGCCCUUUGCUACAUCUUUUCUAUUCUAGAAAAACUAAUUUCCGCCCUCUGCUACAUCUUUUCUAGAAAAACUAUAAAGUUGGUCUAGUGAGCUUAAUAUAACUAGUCUGCAAAACAGGGUCAUCUGUAACAGUGUUGUCCAACAGAAAUGAAAUGUGAGCCAUAGCCAUUUAAUUAAAAGUAAAAUGAAACAGAUGAACUUAAAUCUGUAUGAAAAACAUUAAUGAGAUAUUUCUCCUCCCCCCCCCCCUCCAUAAACUAAAUCUUAUAAAUGUGUGUAUUUUCCACCUUCAGCACAUCUCAAUUAGGACUGGCCACAUUUAUUUCAAGUGCACAAUAACCGCACAUCACUAGUGGCCCAGUUUUGGAUAGUGUAGAUCUAUAAACAGACCUGCUUGAGGCCCUUGAUAGCAUCAAAGUUAAUAUUUUACUUCGUAAUUUUAUUGUUAAUAUCUAAAUCGUUAGCUUUUCUGUAUGCAUUGGUCAAUGAUACUAUAUAGUUGAUAUUAGUAUAUUGAGAAUAAAAUGAAAUAAAAAAUGA